AUGGCAGAUAGCACCAGUGAGCAUGUUAUAGCAUUGAAAGAAGCGAUACACCAUGAUAUUAUCGUCAAACCUGGUGACAAUGGUCCAAGAAUUCUACUCCCACUAAGCUGUUUUGCUCCUUCCGAUUUCGAAAACUUUCACUCGACGGAGUAUGUCGAGUUCCUCAAAUCCCUCACGCCAGAAACCAUAACCAUCCUUCCGUCUCUCAAAAACCUCAAGCAAUUCAACAUAGAUGUGGACUUGGACGGUCCUGUCUUCCAUAACCUCUUCGAUUAUUGUCGUGCUUACGCUGGUGGUACUAUUAGCGCCGCCGCUAAAUUGAACCGUCAAGAAGCAGAUAUUGCUAUCAAUUGGGCCGGUGGGAUGCAAAAUGCGAAGAAAGAUAAGGCUUCUGACUUUGGCUAUGCCAAUGACGUUGUGCUUGGGAUUCUCGAGUUGCUCAAAACUUUCAAGAGAGUUCUCUACGUAGAUAUUGGCUUUCGUCAUGGGGAUGGAGUGGAAGAAGCAUUUAAGGACACUGAUAGAGUUAUGACUGUUUAUUUCCACAAAAUUGGGGACUCCGGAGACAUAAGUGACUUUGGGGAAGGAAGAGGACAAUAUUAUUCACUAAAUGCACCAUUGAAGGAUGGUUUAGAUCAAGGUUCAAAGAAUCCCUAGGCGCUAGUUAGGCGUUCGAAUGAGGCCUAGCGCCUAGAUCGAUUAAUCGGGGCCUAGUCGGGGCC